CUUAGUUGUCACCCGUAUAGGAACAAAACAAAAACCUCAGUGUCUGUCUCCGACCCUUGUCCUUCGCUUUCUCUCUCUUGUUUCUCUCUCCUAUUCUUUUACUCUCCAUUUUCCACCAACUAGCUAGGGUUUUACUGAGGGAGUUGGGGUUAUCCAACUCUUACCCAUUUCCAUUUUUACACUUGUCAUCACCACAUAAGUCUUUCUUUGUAAACAAAAAGAAAUUUCUGGGAUUCUUGAAGAGUGAGGCUAAUUAAAGAUUGAUGGCUAAGACUAAACCUGGAAAGAAAGACCUUGAUUCUUACUCUAUCAAGGGCAUCAACAAAGUUGUUAGACCUGGUGAUUGUGUGUUAAUGAGACCGGCUGAUCCUGAUAAACCUCCAUAUGUGGCAAGAGUAGAGAAGCUAGAGGCUGACCACCGGAACAAUGUGAAGGUCAGAGUUAGAUGGUACUACCGACCUGAGGAGUCUAUUGGUGGUCGCAGACAAUUCCAUGGGGCCAAAGAGCUCUUCUUGUCAGAUCAUUUCGAUGUGCAGAGUGCACACACCAUUGAAGGGAAGUGCAUAGUGCACUCUUUUAAGAACUACACCAAAUUGGAGAAUGUGGGUCCUGAGGAUUACUUUUGUAGGUUCGACUACAAAGCUGCAACAGGAGGUUUUACUCCUGACCGUGUUGCUGUGUAUUGCAAGUGUGAGAUGCCCUACAACCCUGAUGAUCUCAUGGUGCAAUGUGACGGAUGCAAAGACUGGUUCCACCCCUCUUGUAUGGGUAUGACCAUUGAAGAAGCAAAGAAAUUAGAGCAUUUCUUGUGUUCUGACUGUUCCUCAGAAGAUGACACCAAACGUCCUUUGAACUCAUUUCAUGUUUUACCACCUGAUGCCAAGGUGGAGUCAAAGCGCAGGAAGAGAUAAAUAGCUGACCUUAAUGCAAUAUGAGGAGGAGGUACGCAUUUUCUUGCGUAGUCGUUCUGGCAUUGUUGUAUGUGUUAUCAAAUUGUAUAGCGCUGAGGCACGAGAGAGUACUUUAUUUUUUGCAAUAGCCAGAAGCCCUUACUCUAUUUAUUGUGGUAACUUGCUAUUUAUAAAAGUUUGUGGCACUAGACUGGGCUGUCUACUGAAUGCAAUUUGUGUGGCCUAAUGAGUAAUAACUGGAUAUUGCAGAGUCUGCCAAAAGAAUCUAGUUGCCUUUUUCUUUGUU